GUUGAGCUUGUCAGCUACCACGCACAGACCACUGGCCUGCAGCAUACCCAGACCUGAGGGACAAAAAGAUGUGUCAAGUCAGCAUCUUAACAAAUACAAAAGAUGAGAAGAAGAGUUGAUGAAACUGCUCCAUCAUCCAAACGGACUAAUGAGAAUUCAACGAAAAGGGAAAAUGUUCGGGUGCAAGCCAGGUCAUCAUGUUGGGUGUGGGUGAAAAGGGGACUGAUUUUCCUCUGCACUCUGUAUGUGGCCUCACCGUUUGUUCUGCGACUCUUUCCCAGUGUUUUACAGUACAUGGUUUACACACAUGCUGUAACUUACUUUGUUGACCUGAGACAUCCUUCUGAUCUGGGCCUCAAUCACACCAUUAAUAUGUACCUGACCUCAGAAGCGGGAGUGACACUGGGAGUAUGGCACACAGUUCCUGCGCAAAAGUGGAAGGAGGCUCAAGGUAAAAGUUUGGAAUGGUAUGAGCAGUCUUUGGGAGAUGGUUCCCCUGUUUUCAUCUACCUCCACGGCAAUGCGGGUAACAGAGCAGCUCCACAUCGUAUAGGUGUUGCCAAAGUGUUGAGUGCUCUUGGCUAUCAUGCUGUGGUUAUGGAUUACAGAGGAUUUGGGGAUUCGACUGGAGAGCCAACCAUGCCUGGCCUGACCACCGAUGCAAUCUAUCUAUACAACUGGGUACGGGCACGCAGCAAGGACAGUCUGGUCAUCAUUUGGGGUCACUCCCUUGGCACACUAGUGUCGGGCAUCACUGCAGUGAAACUACAAGAGCUGGGAAAGCCACCUGAUGCUGUGAUACUUGAAAGUGCUUUUACAAAAAUGAAUAUGCCAGAAGACUUCCCCCAUCCUUUCAUCUGGUAUUACUGGAGAUUUCCAUACAUCCAGUACUACUUUAACUUAGACUCCAUUAAAGCAAAUAAAUUUGAAUUAAUCACUGCUGAAAACGUGAAUAAAAUGAGGAUGCCUCUUAUGAUUCUUCAUUCUAAAGAUGAUCACCUGGCUCCCUUCCGGAUGGCUGAGGAGCUUUACGGUAUAGCUAAAAGUGUGCAGAAGUCAGAGGAAAAAGUCAGACUGGUGGCAUUUGAUGGAUCCAAGGGAUAUCUUCAUAAUGGACUUUACAGGGAUCCUGCCUUGCCAAAAUCUUUAAGGGAGUUUGUGGAGAUAGUUGCAGAGUAAUCUGAAGGCUUCAAAGUUGGGACUUUGUUUGAAGUUUGUCUUCAUGUAUAUGUUUUACUUUCAUGUGUUAACUUUAAAAAUCCCAUUGUCCCUGUGUAAUGUAAGUGCUUGAAGUUCACUUAAUUUACAAGUCAUUUUGAUAUUCUCUCUCUGUUUUUUUUUUUCUCUCUGGUCGCUCUCUUUUGCUCUCAGUCACUCUUUCUCUCCCUUAUACUCACAAGCAUAAUUUAUGAAUCCUGAAGAUAACCCACAUACAUUAUGCAUACCAUGCACUGCAAAUAUAUAAUGCAUAUUAUACUGUACAUAUACAGUAUUUACAUGUAGGCAUUUGGCAGAUGCCCUUAUCCAGAAUGACUUACAUUUUAUGUGAUUAUACAUCUGAGCAGUUCAGGGUUAAGGGCCUUAAAAGACCUUCCGACCUGUAGUCCAAUGUUUUAAUCAUUAAGCUACCCCUGACCCUGCCAAUCCUUCUAGGUAUCUUAUAAACUUUUCUCUUUACAUUUAGGCAUUUGGCAGACACCCUCAUCCAGAGCGACUUACUUUUUUUUUUUUAUCUCGUUAUACAUCUGAGCAGUUGAGGGUUAAGGGCCUUGCUCAAGGGCCCAACAGUGGUGACUUGGUAGUCAGGGAUUUCAACCUGGGACCUUCCAAACUGUAGUCCAAUGCCUUAACCACUGACCUAUACUAUACUGUAUAUACAUAUAUUAUACAGUAUAUAACUGUUAUACAUCUGAGACUGCAGUACUGUAAUACAUCUGUGAAAUCAGUGCAUUUAAAUUAAAGCAAUCAGAUGUAAUUAUGUUUAAAUGAGUAUACUUGAAUACUCUUAAAUAUCAAAACUUUAUUUUUAUAAUGAUGAUGUGUGUGUGACACAAAGGGUUUAUAAAGGCUAAAAAACAUUUAUUAAUAAACUUAAAGAUUAACUAAAAAAUUACAAUGAUGAUGUGCGCAAAGAAUAAAUAUUAAAGUGCAUGACUGUGUCUUCUGUUCUUUGUUAAUAGUA